UCUCACUGUAACUCAGUUGAACUCACACCUCCUGCCAUCAUGUCCUACAACUGCUGCUCUGGAAACUUCUCCUCCCGUUCUUUUGGAGGCUACUUGCAAUCACCAACCACUUCCUGUGGCUCUUCCUACCCCAGCAACCUGGUCCUCGGCACUAACCUCUGUUCUCCCAGCGCCUGCCAGCUGGGCUCCUCUCUCUACAGUGGCUGUCAGGAGACCCGCUGUGAGCCCACCAGCUGCGAGACGUCCUGUGUGGUGUCCAGCCCCUGCCAGACAUCCUGUGUGGUCCCCAGUCCCUGCCAGACAUCCUGCUAUCGCCCAAGGACCUCCACAAUCUGCAGUCCUUGCCAGCCAAUUUAUUCCGGAUCUCUGGGCUUUGGGUCCAGCAGCUGUCGCUCCCUGGACUAUGGAUCAAGGAGCUGCUAUUCCCUGGGCUGUGGACCCAGUGGCUUCCAACCUCUGGGCUAUGGAGUGUGUGGCUUCCCGUCCCUGGGCUAUGGAUCCAGAUUCUGCCGCCCAACCUAUCUGGCUUCUAGGAGCUGCCAGUCCUCUUGUUACAGACCAGCCUGCGGAUCUGGCUUCUAUAGAUCAAUUUGCUAA